AUGCUUCUCCAGAUACAGGCCUAUUUCGCUUCUCUGAUAUCUGUCCUGCGCAAUUCCAUUCAGUGUGGGCCACAUUGGUUUAUAGGGAAGGUGGGUUUGAGGAAUCUCCGACCACGACAUUAUCAAGCACCUCCCCAUGAAUCCUAUGCGGUAACGACGCUAUACGAAAAUUUCCCAUUCGAUCCCUACGUCGAUCUUGCCGUUGUUGGCAUUGGUAUGACUGGCAUCGUGUUCAAGAUCGAUGAUUAUCGGGUUGUGAAGAAAGCAAAGGUCUAUGCCCUUGAGAAUCUCACCGAACCCGAGCGGCUUAAUGCGCAGUAUAUGAAUGAAAUAAACACGUCCACUUUACUCCAUGAAACGCAGGUCUACAAACGGCUAGGCUAUAAUAAGGGGAUCGUGUCUUGUACUUGCAUCUCUCCAUAUGGAAUUGAGCUGGAAUUUUCAAAACAAGGCGAUCUACAGAGCUACAUUGAGUGCCGCACAGAACCUCCACGUUCUGUCAAGGUGGAAUGGAUACUGUCCCUCAUAAGGACUUUGUCCUAUGUGCACUCACGGAAAGUGUUCUUGGACGAAAUUGCUCUACGCAAUAUCCUGGUCUUUCAGGAUCAACUCAAAUUUGUAGACUUCGGUCAGUCCAUUUUACUACCAUUGACGGCUGAUAUGAACACCAUCCGCGAAAACGAUUUGACUGCGAGGAUUGAAAUCCUCCACCUUGGUUGGAUUAUCUACUCCAUUGCUGUUUGGAAGGCCCAUCAUUAUUAUUUUUUUUCCCCAGAACACUCUGGCUGGCCUAAACCUGAUGUACUUCCUAAGACAGACAAUCUCUUCUGUGGCCAUGUCAUUGAGAAGUGCUUGAGUGGUGAUUAUGCUGGUGCGGAUGCUUUGGAAAAAGAUGCACGUUCGGUUUUGGGUGGUCUAGGUUCUUAA